AGUGCUAGAAGCUGGGCAGCUCCCGGCGCCGCAGCGCUUGCUUCCCCUUCCCUCCUCUCUGGCCCUCCCUCCUCCCGCCCACUCGCUUCCUCCCCCAGCGCCCACCAGCCUCUGCGCCGGGGGAACUCCGCUACAGCCUUCCAGGAUUAUGGAGUUCCUCAGCGAGAAGUUUGCCCUCAAGAGCCCGCCAAGUAAAAACAGUGACUUUUACAUGGGCGCAGGAGGCGCGUUAGAGCACGUUAUGGAGACGCUGGACAAUGAGUCCUUUUACAGCAAAGCGUCGGCGGGUAAAUGCGUGCAGGCCUUCGGGCCGUUGCCCCGCGCUGAGCAUCACGUGCGCUUGGAGAGGACCUCGCCCUGUCAGGACAGCAGCGUGAACUAUGGGAUCACUAAAGUUGAAGGACAACCUCUACACACACAACUGAACAGAGCGAUGGACAACUGUAACAGUCUCCGAAUGUCUCCUGUGAAAGGGAUGCCAGACAAGGGAGAACUGGAUGAACUUGGGGAUAAAUGUGACAGCAACGUGUCCAGCAGUAAGAAACGGAGACACCGAACUACCUUCACCAGCUUGCAGCUGGAGGAACUGGAGAAGGUCUUUCAGAAAACCCAUUACCCGGAUGUGUAUGUCAGAGAGCAGCUUGCUCUGAGAACAGAGCUCACUGAGGCCAGAGUCCAGGUUUGGUUUCAAAAUCGAAGGGCCAAGUGGAGAAAAAGAGAACGUUAUGGCCAAAUACAACAAGCCAAAAGUCAUUUUGCUGCCACCUAUGAUAUAUCAGUUUUGCCCAGGACUGACAGCUACCCACAGAUUCAGAACAAUUUGUGGGCAGGAAAUGCAAGUGGUGGUUCUGUGGUUACUUCAUGCAUGUUACCACGUGACACUUCCUCCUGUAUGACACCUUAUUCUCACUCGCCUCGGACAGAUUCCAGUUACACAGGGUUUUCAAACCACCAGAACCAGUUCAGCCACGUGCCCCUCAACAAUUUUUUCACUGACUCUCUUCUUACUGGGGCCACCAAUGGACAUGCAUUUGAAACAAAGCCAGAAUUUGAAAGGAGGUCUUCCAGUAUUGCAGUUCUUCGAAUGAAAGCCAAGGAGCACACCGCCAAUAUUUCAUGGGCCAUGUAACAUACUUUUAUUUUUUGUUUAAUAGCAAAGUAAAACAUUCUUAUUUCUCAUAUUUAAAGAACACAACAAUAAGCUGCUGUGUGUGGAAUUGCUAAAGGUCAAGUUAUACAGUGAGAGCAGCUUAAAUAAAUAGUUAUUAUUUAACACUAAAUUUAAGAACAACCCUCCAAAAAGGCUAAAUAGAUUUACCAUGCACCAGUCUCCACAGACUCUGUUUUAGUAUAAGAUUUUUUUCUAUUGUAUGAGUUUAUGAAAUAUGAUCAUCCAACUUAAAAAUAGAAUAAAUGUAUUAAACAAA